AUGGUUGGAAAUCUGGCAUGUCUAACCACGAUCUUAGUGGAGCCGACAAUUGUCGAGGAAGUGAAGACAAGACAGAUGGAGGAUGAAUUCUUCAAGAAGUACAACACUAAACUAAGAGAGAGGAGUAUUAGAAGAAGACAAAACAUCGAUCCAAUACUAAUUGAUGAAAUUGAUUCGGAUGAUGAAUGGAUUGCUGAAAAAGAAGAUCCUGUCCUCUCCCUUGACGCUUCUUGGCUUGAUGAAGAAGAAUUAUUCGAUGCUGAAGCAAUUAGGACUGUGCCUAUCACUACUAUGAUAGAAGUGUGGAGAAUCGAUCAACUACAACUACGAUUAAUGUUGACUCAUCUUCGAAUGCAAAGAAAAGAAAAGUUGGUGAAGGUUCAAGAAAUGAUAGAGGAAAAGGCAAGGCAGCAAGAUGCACCCUUGUGGAUGAAGAUAUGGAGUUUGAAGAAGUUGGUGGAAUAGAUGAUGGAACCUAUCCCAUUAUAGAUAUAGCAGACGAAGAUGAUGACAAUAUUAAUGAGGAUGACUUAGAGUGACCUAUUAUUUAUUUAUUGCUUUGUUUAUAGAGUAUUAGAGUUUUAAGUAAUUUUGUUUAUUGAACAA